CCAGGUCCCUGCGGGCGGUGCUGAGCACAGGCGGCGUGCGGGAACAAUCUGCUUUGCGUGUUCAGAAUAGCUGGGGAGAAACGGGUCAUGGGAGGAAAACGGGCUGUUUGAAGAACGAAUUGUAAAUGACUGUUCUUACAAUACCUGAGGUUUUUGGUGCGGCUUCUAAAACCAAGCAAGACCUUUUUGUUUCGGUUUUUCUUCUCUACGGUCAGUGAUAUUGUUAAACUCCCUUCACUGGAAUUGUUUUUAUGUAUGAACAUGAGUUAGCGAAGGUCUGCAAGUGCUGGUGGUUGUAUUGAAAAACCUGCUUUCCGAAGACUGUUAUGCAGGAUGAGCGGAUGAGCUGAAUAACUCUUCAGUGAAAACAGAAACAGGUGCUUGUGUUGCGGAGGAAAGGGGAGGCGAAAUACCUGGUUUGAAACUCUUGAAAUGGGGCUUUUCUUUGGAAAUCUGGCCUUUGAAGAUCUGCAAUAAAGGAUUUUUUUGCAAAGCCGCACGGCUUUUUGUUUGGACUGAUUGAAAUACUUCACCGGGAAGAAAACAAUCAUAAAGAAUGUUUGCUUUUGAGAUAUCAGCUUAAUAAUAAGUGAUAAAAGCCUCAGCCUCUAUUUUUUUUUGGUGAGCUGUUGCGUUUGCCCGACUUGAGGAAAGAAACAUGAAGAUCUUAAAGCGUGUUACGAAUAACUUUUCAUUUUGUAGAACUACAUGGAGCUGGCACAUUCAGGAUCCAGCAAGCCAGCGGUUGACGUGGAACAAACCUCCCAAGAGCGUCCUCGUUAUUAAAAAGAUCCGUGAUGCCAGUCUGCUGCAGCCUUUCAAAGAGCUCUGUGUGUAUCUUACCGAGGAGAACAACAUGAUAGUGUAUGUGGAAAAAAAGGUAUUGGAAGACCCUGCUAUAGCUAAUGAUGAUAAUUUUGGACCAGUGAAGAAGAAAUUCUGCACCUUCAGAGAAGAUUAUGAUGAUAUCUCCAAUCAGAUAGACUUUAUCAUAUGCCUGGGAGGAGAUGGGACCUUACUUUAUGCUUCCUCGCUUUUCCAGGGUAGUGUCCCUCCCGUUAUGGCUUUUCAUCUGGGAUCCCUUGGAUUUCUUACUCCAUUUAAUUUUGAGAAUUUUCAGUCCCAAGUCACUCAGGUUAUAGAAGGCAAUGCAGCGCUCGUUCUGCGGAGCAGGCUCAAGGUGAAGGUGGUGAAAGAGCACAGGGAGAAAACCACGGUGCAAAAUGGGAUAGAAGAGAACGGAGUAGUGUCGGCAAAUAUAGAGAAAGAAGUGGGCAAGCAAAUUAUGCAAUAUCAGGUCCUAAAUGAAGUCGUAGUGGAUCGUGGUCCUUCUUCUUACCUUUCCAACGUAGACGUCUUUCUCAAUGGACACCUGAUAACAACAGUGCAAGGAGACGGGGUCAUUGUCUCCACGCCGACUGGUAGCACAGCCUACGCAGCUGCAGCAGGAGCGUCUAUGAUCCACCCAAACGUCCCUGCGAUCAUGAUCACCCCCAUCUGCCCCCACUCCUUGUCUUUCAGACCUAUUGUUGUUCCUGCCGGCGUGGAACUCAAGAUCAUGCUCUCCCCAGACGCCAGGAACACAGCGUGGGUUUCCUUUGACGGAAGGAAGAGGCAGGAAAUAUGCCAUGGAGACAGUAUUAGCAUCACUACCUCUUGCUAUCCCCUUCCUUCCAUCUGUUUCCGAGAUCCUGUGAGCGACUGGUUUGAAAGCUUGGCCGAGUGUUUACACUGGAAUGUUCGGAAGAAGCAAAACAACUUUGCUGUUGAAGAAGAGGAAUUCUGAGUGUCUGCGUCUCACGAGACUGGUGGGAAUGGAGAGUGGCGGUGUCCCUCCUGUACGCUUGGGUGUUCAAGAUUUUGGCUGACAAGUGCGGUCACCAUCAGGCAUAUAUAAUGAUGAUAGUUUAUAUCUGUCUGAUCUGCUGAUGUCUGGAAAUUAUUGUGCUACUUCCUGCCCGCCCAGGGUAGGAAUGGAAGAAAUUAGGCUCUGGUUGUUGUAAUUUGAAUUUCCUUUCAAUGAGCAAUGUGAAAAUGGAUGAUUUCUGAUUGGUAUUGCCAACACAUCUGUAGAUUUGAUUGUAACCUGUAACUUACCGAUAACAUGGUAGGCUGAAUGUAGAUACAUAAUAGAAAAGUGGCAGUAGAAAAAUGGCAUUAAAAUAGUCUGUUUAAUUUGGUAUAUUUGCAAUUCGAUUUAAGGCUGCAAUGCAUAUAAAGGCUCUAAGAGCAGCUCCUCUUUGUUAGCUUCAACACGUCCUGCCCAGAACAGCUCCCCAUGAAGCGCUUAACGUGCUUUCUCCUUGCGAAUGUGACGCACUGUGAAGAAACACUCAUGAAGAAUGUUUUUUAUGACUAGAUGGAACUAGUAAAAAAAAAAUAUAUUAUAUUUUUUUAAUAUACAUGUAUAUAUCUUAUGGCCAUUUGCCCAGUGUGUGACCCUUGGCUGUCAUCACUGUGUGAAUACCCCCAGGUAGCUCGGGUGAGCGUUGCCGUGGGCUGAGCUGGUGAGUACGGUGAUCUCCAGUUAUGUGGCUGCUUUGGGGCUCCACAGGCCCUGUCGGUGGCAACAUCAAUCUGUUGCUUUUUCUUUUCCUUAAUUUUGUUGGAUUCUCUGGAAUAAACGGUAGCGUUGGAGACUAUAAAGUGAAAAAAAGAGCGUUCAAGAAGAAUCUGGACUUUGAUUACUACUCCAUUGUCUAGUUCCGCUAUUGUCUUGAAGGAAAGAAUGUCCUCUGGCAGGCCCUGCAUGCCCUGGGCGUCCAGAGGCGCCUUCCAGCUGUGCUGCCGAGCGACACGGAGCAGCAACGGUGCCUUCAGCACACGCAAGAUCUUCUAAGUCUCCUAUUUACAUUUUUAAGAUGCUUUCAAAUGUUUCUAACUUCUCUAUGUACAUAUUUUACUGUCUGUGCUUUUAUGAAAGAAAAAACAAACAAAACCCAACAAAAAACCUGGUUGGGGAAAAAAAAGGGUUUGUACUGUACUUCAACUGAAAAAUAUCAAAGCGACGUAUAAUGUUUACAUUUCUGUUCUCUGUGGUGCAGUCUCGUGGUCACACUAUCCAAGCUUUAGCAGUUGCAAAGUCUUGCUGCAUUGGUCGUUAAAGGAGUGGACGUUAUCUGCUAAAUUUAAGACCGUAGCGUAAUAUUGUGGAGGAACUAAUUUACUGAUUAAGGUGGGUUGUCCUUGAGAGUGGACGGAGAAGCUCUUGAACUCGUCAUGGUUGUCUUACGUAGUUUAUAUGGUCCAAAGUGGUAAUGGGAAACGUAUCCAUUUCCAAACUCUGCCCGACCUGUUUCCUCUGGUGGUUUAGAUAACGUCUCUUCCAUUUUGGGUGCUGCCCUAGUCUGUCUAAUUUUAUUAAAUCCAGGUGAGAGCACUUUUCCAUAAAAGAAAAGCAAAUUCUUGCUUAAUGAUACAAAUCACAAUGAAAAUGUGUCAAUAUAAAUGAAUACUCAGUUUGUAAAUUUUGUAAAAUAGAAUACAGCUUUGAUUUGGUCUAAAUAGACAAACUUUGUGGUAUCUUGGAGAAUAUCCAGAGAGCUUUGGGUUUUUAUCUUUCACUUGAAUUGGAAGUAAUUGUUUAUUACUGUUUUGAAGCUGCUUACGGGUUUCCCAGGGGGAGUAUCCAGUUAUUUAAUAACUGUUGACUCUUUGAACUGUAGAAGUGUCAGACUUUUUGCUUUGAAGCUCUUAUUUAAACAUGCAAUAACUGAGAAGAGGUACCGGGCGUCGCGCCGUGUAAAUGUGGUGUUAAGUGAAAAAGAAGCGGAAUGCGAGGCAUGCGAGGAAGUGGAAUUUGCUUUGCGGAGGGGAGGCGAAAUGAUUCAUGAGCCUUAUCUAGUAUUUUUUGUAAAGGUAAAACUAUAUUCAGCACUUUUUAUUUAUGCUUUUUAUAAUAGCAAAUCUAUUCUUGACUAAAUCGCCGAGUUUUAAUUUCCAGAGUGCAUCGUUUAUGAGAUCUGUAAUCAGGAUUUACCGAACUCCUUCCUCUAGAUUAGAUCCGGAUCAGUGCUUGUGUUUAAACGUAUCACGUUCUGCAGUUGCGUUCCUGCCUUUGAGCUGUUGCGGUUUUGCUUGUACGACUGUUGACUGUUCCCGCUUGACAACAGCCCGACGUGGAUCGGCGAGAGCUCCGGGACCGGCUGCAGGCAAGGAGGUCACCUCCCGCCUCCGGGCUUUGCUUUUCCUUCCAAACCCGCCUUGAUUCGAGUUGUACCGGCUGCUUUACAUCCAAACGCAGCCCGAGUUGUGUUAAUGCGCUACAAAUUUAUCUGACGGUACAAAGUCACUUUCCAAGGCCUUUAGUCCACAAGCGGGCUGGGGAGCUUUAAACAGCUCUCGAGUUAUUUAACUGCUUAGAGCGUGGGGAACUGCAGGAGAAAAAGUCGCACAGACUCGGGUUUAUUGGCAGGAAAAGCUCGUUUCGCUGAUGUAGCUUACUCAGAGUAACUUGUUUGAACUGUACUAGUAACAUAGGUUUUGCUGAUUGAGACCAGCGUCUCUAAUACACGGCUUUGUAAGUGUCACUGUAGCUACAAAUCCAUUCUCAAAGGGCCAAAAUGGAAGCUUGGAAAUGAAUUUUUUUAAUUUUAAAGUUAUUCUCUAAUAGAGAGUUUCAGAAGUUUUGACAACUGAUGUAGUGCGGAAUAAAAGAGGAAAAAUCCUGUUACAUAUUGUUAACGCUUUGACAACUUGUUUUAAAUAUUGUUGAAAACAAAUCUUUUUCAAUCCUUUCAAUAAAAUCUUUUUGUAAAGUUGGACUUGCAAA